AUGGAUAAGAAGCUUAAAAAUGCCGGUAUGCCUGUGCCGGAUUCUCCUACUCACGUUGAGGCCUUGGAAACAAGCUCAAUUCGCAUGGAGAUGGACUCGAUUCCCGGGAUGGACCUCUCGGAGGGACCGAGCACAACCGCAACAAGCAUACCGUUGCAUUCGGUUCGACUGAACAGUCCACGAGUGAGCGUCACCGGCACCAGCGUGAAUAGGCGUCCAAAUGCUGGCGUCAUACCGGUUUCCGGUGGAAUUGGCCCUUUUCUAUGGAUCCUGUUAAGUCGGCUGUCGAACUUGCACAUGAAUUGCCUAUUCACAAACCUGUUGCUGACGGAUCUGUUCGCCGCGUUAGCUGCUUAUCCAUGUCCUUUGCUCUUCGAAUUCUUGUUGAAUUCCGUCAACCUGACUGGACGGAACAAUACAAAUUCAAUGUACAAAGUGAGUACCUCUUAG